AUUUCAAUCCUUCUUCUCCAAAACCCUAGCUCUCUCUCUGUCUCAGUGAGAUCGGAGAAUGGCGGCGAGCGAGCAGACAGUGCUACAAUUCACGUCAGCGCCAUCUUCGACAGGCCUAUCUGCAAAGGUUCACCCUCUAGUUAUCUUCAACAUCUGCGAUUGCUACGUUAGGCGUCCUGACCAAGCUGAGCGCGUCAUCGGCACGCUCCUUGGCUCCGUUUUACCUGACGGCACCGUGGAUAUUCGUAAUUCUUAUGCCGUUCCUCACAAUGAAUCCUCCGAUCAGGUUGCUUUGGAUAUUGAUUACCAUCAUAAUAUGUUGUUGUCUCACCAGAAAGUUAAUCCGAAGGAAGUUAUUGUUGGAUGGUAUUCAACUGGGUUAGGAGUCACUGGUGGAAGUGCGUUGAUCCAUGAAUUCUACUCUAGAGAAGUUCCCAACCCUGUUCAUCUCACAGUGGAUACAGGGUUUAGGAAUGGGGAGGGUACAAUUAAAGCUUAUGUCUCUGUUAAUUUGUCACUUGGAGACCGGCAGCUUGCUGCACAAUUUCAAGAAAUUCCUCUUGAUCUUCGUAUGCUUGAAGCCGAGCGGGUUGGAUAUGAUAUCCUAAAGACAACAAUGGUUGACAAAAUCCCAAGCGAUUUGGAAGGAAUGGAAGUCUCUAUGCAGCGGUUACUAGCUCUAAUUGAUGAUGUUUACAAAUAUGUGGAUGAUGUUGUGGAAGGGCGUGCUGCACCAGAUAAUAGCAUAGGCCGAUAUAUUUUUGAUACUGUUGGCGCCCUUCCCAAACUUUCACCAUCAGCUUUUGAUAAGCUAGUGAACAAUGGUCUUCAGGACCAUUUGCUCUUGCUAUAUUUGUCAAGCAUCGCAAGGACACAGCUCAGUUUAGCAGAAAAGUUGAACACAGCUGCUCAAAUACUAUAAUUUUUAUCCACUGGUUGAAUCUCUGGGUCAAAACAAUUUUAGUUUUGAAGGUUUUGACUCGUAGUAAUCUAUUGCCAAGCUUGACGAAUCGUGCAUUUGUUGUCUGAGAGGGUUGUAUUAGUUUUAAGGUAGGCUGUGCACAAUUUAAUAUAUUGCUUUUUGUAAUGGUUGAGUUACUGUCUAGAAACAUACAUUGGAAAUUUGAGGUGAAAUCAUGCAUUUUUUGCAAAUUAGUGUGA